AAGGGGUAUUCGAGACCAACUUAAAGCUCUCCUAUUUGGAUUGAACGCGGUAAUUGACCAAUCUUUGUUAACUGUUUUUGACGCUGAACAGUUGGAAUUUGCAAUUUCUGGGAAUAUUUUUAUUGAUAUUGAAGAUUGGGAGAAAAAUACUGUUUAUAAAGGAGGAUAUAGAGAAAAUCAUGUAAUUAUUCGUUGGUUUUGGCAAUGUGUUAGACAAAUGUGCAAUGCUGACAGGCUUAAACUUUUGCAAUUUGUAACUGGAAGUGCCAGUGUUCCCUUUGAAGGGUUUAAAGGAUUGAGAGGUUCAAAUGGGUUAAAACCUUUUUGUAUUGAACGUUGGGGAGACGAAGAAAGUCUCCCUCGCGCCCAUACAUGUUUUAAUCGUUUAGAUUUGCCUGCUUAUUCUAACAAACAAAAAAUGUUUUCGAAAAUUAUGGUAAAAAUAUUUUAUUUAAAAAUAAUUUUUUUCUUUUUUCAGUUAGCCAUUUCAGAAAGCUCAUAUUAUGCGAUUGAAUAA